AUGUUCUUGCGAAGGAGCUUUCAAGCACACAUCAAGUGUUCUGGUUUGAAAAGACAGAACAGCGAAGACUGCUAUCGACAGUUAUCACAUCAGAGGAAAGCUGGGGUAAUCGGUGAUGUGGACGUGUCAGCUGAUACCUCGAUCGCCAUUUGCGAGAAAAAUGACAAGACGAAGGCACUAAUCAGAAAUGCUCUGCUCAGUAACAAAUUCCUUUCCGACCUCGACGACAUGCGCAUAGAGGCUCUCGUUUCGGUGAUGUACCCCAAAAAAGUGAAAGCAGACACCCGACUUAUUUUCGAAGGAGAGACUGGUUCUCAUCUGUACGUCUCCGAGAGUGGUUCCUUCGAAAUAUACGUGGGUAAAACGUAUCAUGGGAGCUUUGGACCUGGUGUCGCUUUCGGGGAACUGGCCCUGUUGUACAACACCAAAAGACAGUGCUCCAUAGACGUUAGCACAGAUGGAAAGGUAUGGGUUCUCGACAGACACAUGUUUCGGACCAUCAUGGCGAGGAGUAACGAAGAGUCCGUACAGUACAAUCUCAAACUUCUUCGUCAAAUCGAAGUAUUCAGUGAUCUGCCGGAGGAGGCUCUCUUGAAAAUAUGCGACUUGGUAGCUGUGGAAUUCUAUCCGUCAAAGUCCUACAUAAUACGAGAAAAGCAACUAGGCAAUAAAUUCUACAUAAUAAACGCCGGCAACGUACAAAUCACCAAAAACAGAUCGAACGGAACCGAGCAGGAGCUGAUGGUCCUCAAGAAGGGUGACUACUUCGGAGAACGAGCCCUCUUCGACAACGACGAGCCCCGUAAAGCGAACGCCAUUGCAAUGCCUCCUGGAGUGGAAUGCUACACCAUAGAAAGAAAGACGUUCCUGGAGUACCUCGGGGGCCUGGACUCGAUCAGAAACAAGAACUGGGAUGAUUGUCAGAAGAAAUUGGUCGAGGAGGACAAGUGGGACAACAAGUUCCGCAAUUUAUCGUUAUCGAAUUUAGUUGUCGAGAGAACAAUCGGCACCGGUGGUUACGGCAGGGUGGAGCUGGUUACAAUCCUGUCGAUACCGAAUGUCAGCUUCGCUAGGAAAAAAGUGAGGAAGCACAUGAUCACGGAGGGGAUGUUUCAGAAGAUGAUUUAUAACGAGAAGAAUAACUUGAAGAUGUGCAAUUCACCGUUUAUCUGCAAAUUACAUAGAACCUUCAAAGACAAAAGGUAUCUGUACUUUUUGCUGGAGGCUUGUCUAGGCGGAGAUCUGAGAACGAUGUUAAACAGAAGUGGACGAUUAGAAAAUUUAUCGGCUAGAUUCGUCACUGCUUGUAUCUCGGAAGCUUUACAUCAUCUUCAUUCUCUGGGGAUCAUCUACAGAGACUUGAAGCCGGAGAACGUGGUGUUCAACGAAUAUGGUUACGCUAAACUUACCGAUUUCGGAUCGAGCAAGAUGAUUGGGGCUCACAAAACGAAGACCUUCAUGGGUACACCGGAGUACUUGGCUCCGGAGAUUAUUCAGAGCAAACUUUACAAUCAGGCUAUCGAUUAUUGGGCACUGGGUAUCCUCGUGUACGAAAUGCUUCUGAAUCGAACACCUUUUCUAGAUGUAACGGACUUGGACAUGUACGAUAACAUUCUUAGUGGAAUUAAUGAAAAUCAUUUUCCGCCUGUGAUCAAAACCUCUGCGAAACAUUUCAUCACGGGGUUGUUGGAGAAUAAUCCUGUUAAGAGACUUGGUUGUCUGAGACAUGGUGUUCAGGAUAUUCGUAGUCAUAGAUGGUUUCAUUCGUUCGACUGGCAGGCAUUGCAACGUCAAAAAAUGCGCUCUCCGAUUACGAUAACAGUAAAACAUUAUCUCGAUAUGAGGAACUUCGAUAGAUUUCCUCCUGAUUCCAAAACGGCGCCUGUGGAUCCUUCCGAUUGGGAUAUAAAUUUUUAAAACAUAUGUUUAGCUAAUUUUAUUAGAAGUAAAAUGAGAUUGUAUCGCACG